AUGAAUGGGAAACUAGUGCAAUCGUUAAUCAAUUUGUUCCCUUUCUAACAUUAAGAUAUGAUGAUCAAAUGUGUAUUCGUUAUCGGAUUCGAUAAGCUUAUCAAAAAGGGAUAUGUCACAAAUGGGAAACCAAAUAUCGAUGAGAUAAUAGACUACGCAAACAAAUUGCAAUAGUUCGGGAGAUUAUCAUAAGUGCAGGAACCUUGUGAUAUUAGACAUGAAUUGGAUCAAUUGAAAGAUGAAAUAAGCAAAUUAACACAAUAGAUCCAUUAUAAUAAUUCAAUAAUACAACGUCAGACUCAAAGAAGUCAUGAUCGACUAAUACAAAAUGUGUCUCCAAUCUAUGAUGACCGAAAGAGAUCGGCUUCACUUGGAUUCAAACAGUAGUAAUAAAUGGUACAAAAAAAGUAGAGGGAGAUAACUCCGAAGGUUACCGAAACAACACCUUAAACCAUUAAUUAAAUACACAUAACGAUCUCUAAACAUCAUUUAGAUGACACAGAGAUCAAAUCUGUUAUGAGAGACAAUCUAAUAAAAGAUAAACCUCCAAAACCAAUUAAAUUUAUUUCUGAGAACCCUUAGAAGAAGAGUCACUUUGCUGAUUACUAGCACACGGAUACCGAAGAGCCCCCUGUGUUCGAAGAUACAGAUAGAUAUCCAGUCAGAGAUAAUUAUGUUCCACAAUAUAUAUAAUAUUCAUAACAUAGCUAACAAUCCUAAUAAUAAUAAUAAUAAUUGUUAUAAUAAUCUUAAGUAUCCUCAUAAUCAAAUACUAAACAAAGUGAUCAAAUUUAUGCAUAAUACUUAUAAUACACAUAAUACAAAUAAUAUGAAUAAUACGAAUUAAACAUUUGCACAAUCACAAUCAAGCUAAAAAUAAUAAUUACAAACUUCCAAAUCCUCUCAUGGUCAACAAAGAUCCCCGAAUAGAUCUCCUAAAUUUAAAUAUUCAUAGAAGAAGAAAACUCACAAUCUUAUAUGAAAUAACAAAGUAGUCACUCUGCUUCCUCAAAAGGGAGAGCUUCUCAUAGAUAAACCAAAACUUAGUCAAACACUCAGGCAGUAUCCAAAAUCAAAGCAUUGCUUGAUUAGGAUAAGAAAUUGCAUAAAUAACAUCUAUAAGACAUAGCAAGUGAAAGAAACUCUAUUACUAACUCUUUUGUAAAUUCAUCAGAAAAAUUGAAAAUGAUGCAUUAAGAUUACCUAUCUGAAAACAAUAAGUUAUCUACUCAAGAAUUGAAUGAAUCUAUUCAUAAAAGAGCUAUCUCUAAUAGUAGUUUUUAUAAACAAUAGUAAUAACAAAUGUCACCAUAAUUAGAUUAUGAACCAAAGUUAAAGGGACAGACUCAAUAUAAUUAAUUACAAGGCUCCAUUUCAAUGACCAACUCAAAUAGGGGAAGCAGCUUUCUGGGGAAUCACUAAAUUUAAGAUAAUAUCUUGAUUUAUAGCAAAUACAAACAAUAGAUCUUAGAUCAAUACUCACCAAAAUUAAAUUAUCACUACCGACCGUCAAGUGUGGGAAAGCAGCAGGAAAGUGAAUUGAAGCGAUCUGAAGAUUUCAACCGAAGUUCUGUGAGUAGCACUUUCUCAAUGUUCAAUCCGAAUGAAGAGUUAAAGACAUUCUUUUAGAAUGAUUUCUUGGAAAGGAAGAGAUUCACUCAAUAGGGAUAUAGCGACAUGAUGAAAUAAUCAUCUUUAAAUUCAUCGCAAGAACACAACUAGCAUCAUAGUAAAUACAUAACGGCAAGUUAGAUUGAGGAUCAAUAAAAUUAUAGUAAAAAUUUAUAUAGUCCCCAAUAAUAUUAAAAUGUUGAUAAAUCUAAUGUGUUCAAUAAUAAUCGAUUAAGUGUAACAAGAAUACUAAAUAAUUCAUAAAUAUGA